AUGGCCGGUGGCAACAAGAAGAAGAAGGCGAAGCCUGCGGCGAACCCAGCAAGAGGCUUUGCUACAACAUCUAUAGCUACCAAGGUCGCUCGAGUCGAAGAAACGGAUAAUAACAACGGCCCUGUGCCUCCGAAAACCGUCGCUACCGCAUCGUUGACGUCUAACGUCAAGACUACAGGUUCAACUCCUGCCGAAGCCGUACCCAACCCGAUCCCAGCGCCCAAAAAGGAAGAAUUAAGCCCCGAAGAGUUUGAGAAACAACUCGAAGAGUCCGAACUACAGCUUCUGGUUGAAAAGUUUGCUUCCAAAGUCAAGAGAGAUGCGCAGCGUCAAAGGUUGAGAUUAGAAACGGAUCGGCGACUGCUCCGAGGCCAAGCCGAGGCUAUCAAUACUCGAAAAUGGCUGCCGCAGGAACUCAUGGACCAGAUUCUCGAUCUGAUCAAGGCCGAAUACCGAUUUGCAGCAUCUUCCAUGACUGCAGAAUCUGCGAGUCCCGGAAAACUGCUUCCCGAAGAAGAUCUCACCACGAAACUCUGGACAUUGCAACAAACCCUCAUAGCUGCUGCAUUUCCCGAUGAACGCGUCGAAUCGGUCCUCAAGCAUGUUCUCGAUAUCGCGCCUUACAUAGGAGGGGUUUCAAAAGAUAGCAUUUGGGGGCUGGAAGAAGCUCUCGACUGGCUAGCACGAGAAUGCACCAAGGAUGAACUGCCCGAUUAUGAGCAGAGAAACAGGACUGGGGGCAGACUAGGCGACACUCCGCAAGACAGCCCGCUGCCUUCAGGAGCCACAACACCUCAAUUGCUCGAAAUACAAAGCAAUGGAAAGAGUUCCAAGACUGGUUCAAAAUUUCGGCCAUCGCGAGAGCCUUCGCCCAAAAAGCUGGUUGUUACAUGCGACAGCGAUAUUGAACCCGAUGACCUCAUUCCCGUAUAUAUUGAGACGAAAACCAAGCUGUUCCACAUACAAAGACCACGACAGAGUGAUAGGAAAGCGAAAAGCUCGAAAAAGGGGCCAUCUGGGGGGCAGGUUUCUGCCAAUGGCGGCGAUCCAUUAUCACCUGAAGACGAGCUGAAAGAGGCGAAGCUUCUAGCCAAAAUCGAUCGCAUCGAGCAAGAUCCACUCUUUGAUAAACCUCUUGCCAACCAUCAAUGGCAGUCGGACAGGAUCGUCUUGGAGCAAGAGUUUGCGGAGCUAAAGAGACAAAAGGCCGAGCAAGAUAGUUCUGCCAAUGGUGAUUCGACGCCUCCGAUGGAUGAAGAAUCCGAAGAUGAAGUAGCCAAGGAAGCCCGGAAAAUGGCAGAAGAGGUCUUGCAGCAAGAAAGUGCAGAUGAAGAUGCUUCUCUGUCAGACCUGUUCGCAAGUCUCCCCAUGGAGGAAACAGAUCCUGCCACGGGCAAGACUGCAAAUGUUGUCAAAAAUGCAGAUGGGUCCAAAAUCUAUAUUCGCGAUUUUGGUAGCAAAUGGGCUGGUAUCAGUCCCAUGAGAGCGCUCGAGGAAACCUGUCGAUCAAGGGACUCCUCUUCCAAAAUUGUGUACAAGGUCACUUCAGAAGCUCAAUUCGCUAGUCGGCAAAUGUUGACGGUGAUCUGGUCUAAACCACAAGAACCCAUCCUACCCGAAAUUGAGCAUGUCGAAUCAACCAUCUUGCCACGCCAAUUCUCCUUCCACAUGGCAACAAUUGCCACACCGGACAAGAAGCAAUCGGAAGCAUACAUUGCGACCGUUGCGCUCUUUGCCAUCUUCGGCUCAACCAAAGAGGAGAAGGUCUUCAUGAGAUUACCGCCCUCGUGGAAAGACCUUUGGAAUGAGCUGUCCGAGGCCAAGAAGAGCAAAACAGACGCACGGGAUCGAGAGAACGUCAAAGGACUGCGUUCUCUUGUUCGUCAAAGACAGGACCAGGAAGAAGAGGAUGGCGUCGUUCUCCAUAGCGCUUUCAGAGGCCGUGGUGGCAACCGUAACGGAAAUGGGCAUGGCGAUCAAUCGAACGGGGAAAGAGGUCUUGGUCACUCAGUCGGCCCAGAUUAUUACCAGAGAAUUUGGGCUGAGAAAACGAACACACCCAAAUUCCACCAUAUGUUGCAAAGUCGCGCUCAGCUGCCAAUGUGGCAAUUCCGGCACGAAGUUCUCGAAGCUGUCGACCAAAAUCAAGUCGUUAUAAUCUGUGGUGAGACAGGAUGUGGCAAGAGCACACAGGUACCCUCGUUCCUUUUGGAGCAUCAACUGUCUCAUGGCCUGCCGUGUAAGGUCUAUUGCACGGAGCCGCGGCGUAUUUCUGCCAUCUCCCUAGCUCGUCGUGUCAGUGAAGAGCUUGGUGAAGGGAGAGGAGACCUGGGAACGUCACGAUCUCUUGUCGGCUACUCCAUACGCCUGGAGUCCAACACUUCCAAAGAGACCAGACUUGUGUAUGCAACUACUGGUAUCGUCAUGCGAAUGCUUGAAGGCUCUAACGACCUCGGUGAGAUUACACACUUGGUCUUGGACGAGGUGCACGAGCGCUCGAUCGAGUCGGAUUUUCUUCUUAUCGUCCUGAAAAAGCUUUUGGCGCGUCGAAAAGAUCUCAAAGUAGUCCUCAUGUCUGCCACUGUCGACGCUGAAAAGUUUUCGAAAUACAUGGGCGGUGCGCCUGUGCUCAACGUCCCAGGUCGCACAUUUCCCGUCCAGGUUAGGUAUCUGGAAGAUGCACUGGAGAUUACUGGCUACACGCCAGAGCAGAGCAACCCCAACCAAAGAAUCACUGAUCUAGAUGAUGAUCCAGCAGAGAAUGAUUUGGAUCCCAGCUCAACCGCCGAUGCAGCCAAGGAGCUUCGGCAAUACUCCUCUCGGACGAGGAAUGCGCUCUCUUUGAUUGACGAGUAUCAAAUUGAAUUCGAUCUCAUAGUCCAAUUGAUUAGACAGGUAUCUCAUCUGCCUGAGCUAAUCAACUACAGCAAAGCCAUACUUGUGUUUUUGCCGGGAAUUGCUGAGAUUCGCGCUCUCAACGAUGCUCUGUUGGGCGAUCCAUUCUUCCAGAGGGAUUGGGAGGUAUUCCCACUGCACUCGACUAUUGCAACUGAAGACCAGGAGCGAGCAUUCGAGCAGCCCCCUCCUGGGGUGAGAAAGAUCGUCCUGGCUACGAACAUUGCUGAAACGGGUAUCACCAUUCCCGAUGUGACUUGCGUCAUUGAUACUGGAAAGCAUCGGGAAUCGAGGUUUGAUGAAAAGAGGCAGCUUUCUCGAUUGAUUGAUACAUUCAUCUCCCGUGCAAAUGCCAAACAGCGUCGUGGUCGUGCCGGCCGUGUUCAAGAGGGCUUAUGCUUUCACAUGUUCACCAAAUAUCGCCAUGAUAAACUCAUGAGCGACCAACAAACCCCGGAAAUGCUGCGUCUCUCAUUGCAGGACCUUGCUAUGCGAGUCAAGGUAUGCAAGAUUGGUGGCAUCGAGGAGACUUUGGCCGAAGCACUCGACGCGCCAUCAGCCAAGAACAUUCGCCGCGCUGUGGAUGCACUUAUUGAUGUUCGUGCGCUUACGGCAAACGAAGAGCUCACUCCUCUGGGUGCGCAACUAGCUCGCAUUCCUCUUGAUGUGUUUCUUGGAAAACUCAUCCUCCAAGGCACAAUAUUCAAAUGUCUGGACAUGGCCAUCACCUGUGCAGCCAUACUUUCGUCCAAAUCUCCAUUCUCUGCCCCAUUUGGACAAAGAAAUCUGGCUGAUCAAGCUCGCAAAGCAUUCCGGAGAGCAGAUUCGGACUUGCUCACCAUGUAUAAUGCAUAUCUUGGUUGGAAGAACGUCUGCCAGACGCAGUCGCACGACUUUCAAUACUGCAAGAAAAACUUCAUGUCACCUCAGACACUUUCCAACAUUGAAGACCUUAAAGGCCAGCUGAUUGUGUCAUUGGUUGACUGCAACUUUCUUCAAUUAACCGAUGACGAGCGACGAACUUUGAACCGCAUGCGAUACGCUAGUCGCCGUCGUCAAUUCUUCGAGCUACCUCAACGGGUAAACAUCAACAGUGACAACGACCUCAUCACCUCCUCGGUGAUUACCUGGAGUUUCUAUCCCAAGUUACUCAUGCGUGAGAACAAGGGCUGGCGUAAUGUCAGUAAUAACCAGAGUAUCAGUCUUCACCCGUCGAGUGUCAACAAAGGGCAUCUGGAGCUCAAGUGGCUGUCAUACUACAACAUCAUGCAGUCCAAACAAUUCCUGAAUGCACAUGAAACAACCGCGGUCGAGAACUUCGCCAUUGCUCUUCUCUGCGGCGAUUUCCGAGUCGAUAUGUACGCUGGCGUUGUUGUCCUUGACGGCAAUCGCGCACGCUUCAGCGUGCCGGACUGGAAGUCAAUGCUCGCGAUCAAGGUUCUUCGAACACGACUACGUGAUAUUCUCACACGAUCAUUCAAGAUGCCAGGUAAACUCCUUACGACUCAACAGGAGAAGUGGAUGGACAUCUGGCAACGCAUAUUCAGCCAAGAUUUCGGAAAGCCUUAG